AUGACAACAUUAUUAUUAUUAUCACGGUUAUUGCAUAGUACUAGUAGUAGUAGUAGUAGUAGUAGUAGUACUAGUAGUAGUAGUAGUAGUAGUAGUAGUAGUAGUAGUAGUACUAGUAGUAGUAGUAGUAGUAGUAGUAGUAGUAGUAGUAGUAGUAGUAGUAGUAGUAGUAGUAGUAGUAGUAGUAGUAGUAGUAGUAGUAGUAGUAGUAGUAGUAGUAGUAGUAGUAGUAGUAGUAGUAGUAGUAGUAGUAGUAGUAGUAGUAGUAGUAGUAGUAGUAGUAGUAGUAGUAGUAGUAGUAGUAGUAGUAGUAGUAGUAGUAGUAGUAGUAGUAGUAGUAGUAGUAGUAGUAGUAGUAGUAGUAGUAGUAGUAGUAGUAGUAGUAGUAGUAGUAGUAGUAGUAGUAGUAGUAGUAGUAGUAGUAGUAGUAGUAGUAGUAGUAGUAGUAGUAGUAGUAGUAGUAGUAGUAGUAGUAGUAGUAGUAGUAGUAGUAGUAGUAGUAGUAGUAGUAGUAGUAGUAGUAGUAGUAGUAGUAGUAGUAGUAGUAGUAGUAGUAGUAGUAGUAGUAGUAGUAGUAGUAGUAGUAGUAGUAGUAGUAGUAGUAGUAGUAGUAGUAGUAGUAGUAGUAGUAGUAGUAGUAGUAGUAGUAGUAGUAGUAGUAGUAGUAGUAGUAGUAGUAGUAGUAGUAGUAGUAGUAGUAGUAGUAGUAGUAGUAGUAGUAGUAGUAGUAGUAGUAGUAGUAGUAGUAGUAGUAGUAGUAGUAGUAGUAGUAGUAGUAGUAGUAGUAGUAGUAGUAGUAGUAGUAGUAGUAGUAGUAGUAGUAGUAGUAGUAGUAGUAGUAGUAGUAGUAGUAGUAGUAGUAGUAGUAGUAGUAGUAGUAGUAGUAGUAGUAGUAGUAGUAGUAGUAGUAGUAGUAGUAGUAGUAGUAGUAGUAGUAGUAGUAGUAGUAGUAGUAGUAGUAGUAGUAGUAGUAGUAGUAGUAGUAGUAGUAGUAGUAGUAGUAGUAGUAGUAGUAGUAGUAGUAGUAGUAGUAGUAGUAGUAGUAGUAGUAGUAGUAGUAGUAGUAGUAGUAGUAGUAGUAGUAGUAGUAGUAGUAGUAGUAGUAGUAGUAGUAGUAGUAGUAGUAGUAGUAGUAGUAGUAGUAGUAGUAGUAGUAGUAGUAGUAGUAGUAGUAGUAGUAGUAGUAGUAGUAGUAGUAGUAGUAGUAGUAGUAGUAGUAGUAGUAGUAGUAGUAGUAGUAGUAGUAGUAGUAGUAGUAGUAGUAGUAGUAGUAGUAGUAGUAGUAGUAGUAGUAGUAGUAGUAGUAGUAGUAGUAGUAGUAGUAGUAGUAGUAGUAGUAGUAGUAGUAGUAGUAGUAGUAGUAGUAGUAGUAGUAGUAGUAGUAGUAGUAGUAGUAGUAGUAGUAGUAGUAGUAGUAGUAGUAGUAGUAGUAGUAGUAGUAGUAGUAGUAGUAGUAGUAGUAGUAGUAGUAGUAGUAGUAGUAGUAGACCGGUCAUUAAUCACAAGAGCAAGAAAAAAAAUAGUAAACAGACAUGUAUGAUCAAUUCACUAGUUAUGGAAAAGAGAGUAUGA